CAUAUAAAUCACCAUAAAGUGUUUCAAUUUCGACACUCCUUAUUGAGGGGUUAGAUGCAAAAGGCUAGAGUACAAUUUUAGCUCACAUAAGCAAGAAAAUGAAGUUUACCUUUUUUGCCUUAUUUGGGUUGGCCGUUUGCCAUGCAGUCAGCAUCCAAAGCCAGGCACGUGGCCCUAUCAUUUGGCAGGAAGAAUUCGACACUCUUGACUACAGCAGAUGGAAACACUUGAUCACAGCAUGGCGAGGUGGUAACAACGAAUUCCAGUAUUACGACAACCUACCAGAAAACAGUUAUGUCCGAGACGGUAUUCUGUACAUAAAGCCAACUUUGACUGCGGACCGUUUUGGCGAGGAUUUUCUGUACAAUGGCGUGCUCGAUUUGAAUCAGGAGGGCUGCAACGUAGACAUUGACGGAGGCUGCUACGUAGUGGCUGGAAAUGAAAUUAUCAAUCCUGCCCAGUCUGCCCGGAUGGUAACAAGCGAUUCAUUCAGUUUCACCUAUGGAACGAUCGAAGUCAGGGCUAAAAUGCCUAAAGGAGAUUGGCUUUGGCCAGCUAUUUGGAUGCUUCCUACGGACAACGUUUACGGCGGUUGGCCGCGAUCGGGUGAGAUUGACAUUGUAGAAACAAGAGGAAACGCCGACUUUUCAUGCAAUGGAUAUCCAAUUGGGAGACAAUUGGCCGGCAGCACUUUGCAUUGGGGUCCAGAUCCUAGUCAAAACCGUUACGAAUUGACCCACUGGGAAAAGAUUAUUCAAGAUCCCGAUUUCGCCACUGAUUUCCAUACCUUUCGUGUCGAGUGGCUCCCAAACGGCUUUCAAUUUUACAUUGAUAAUCAAAUGAUUGGUGAAAUGUAUCCACCAGCAGGUGGAUUCUGGGAAUUGGGUGGAUUUAAUGGACAGAAUUUGUGGAGCUCCGGCACCGUCAUGGCACCUUUCGAUCAAAGAUUCCACUUCUUGCUUAAUGUCGCCGUUGGAGGCAAUUUUUUUCCUGACGGGUGCCAAAACGCAGUUUACGAUAAACCAUGGACAGCCUCUGACCCGACACAGAUGAAAACUUUCUGGGAAAGCCGUGACAAAUGGCUGCCCACAUGGAAUGCUGCAACGGAGGACAACACGAUGCAAGUUGACUACAUUCGCGUGUAUCAACUGGGCUAAAAUUCUGGAAUACCCAUGAAAUGUUUACAAUUGAUUUAUCAAAUUAGUACAAGACAAGUGCUUUAAAUAGAUAAACCGAAUCAUAAUCACGUA